UUUUCGAAAUUCUAUUGAAAAGUAAACAAAAUUUUUUCUUCUCCAUUUGAAUUCAUCUUUUUAUUAUUUAAUUAAAUUCACUUAAUUAAAUGGUAAUUAAUUUAUUUCAUGAUAAACUUUUAACCACCUGAUACACAAUGUUAACCAUGGAAUGUCAAUUAACGCUCCAAGUUGAUCACCUUAAUUGACUUGACAAUUUUAAUCUUUUUUCUUUGGUGUUGUAACCCACCGAGGAUCCACCAUAUAACCACCUUAUAACCACCAGCUACUUAAUAGUUCAUCUUUAGUUUAAGUUGUCUUCAUUUCUAUCACCAACAUCAUAUUUACUUUUUCUCUUCAUCUCUCUCUCUCUCUCUCUCUCUCUCUCUCUCUCUUUUUUCCUCUAUUUUUCAUCUAUUCUUUUUACUCUGCACUUCUCUAUUUCAUCUCUUUUCUGGUGCAAUGUAUAUAAAGCAAGUUAUAAUCCAAGGCUUCCGAAGUUAUCGUGAACAAACGGUGGUUGAACCAUUUAGUAAAAGCCAUAAUGUCAUCGUUGGUAGAAAUGGUUCUGGUAAAUCUAACUUCUUUUACGCAAUCCAAUUUGUGCUGUCAGAUGAAUUUAGUCAUCUUCGUCAUGAACAAAGACAACAAUUACUUCAUGAAGGAACUGGACAACGGAUAAUGACAGCUUAUGUUGAGAUCAUUUUUGACAAUUCAGAUAAUCGUCUGCCCAUUGAUGAUAGUGAGGUUGCCUUAAGGCGACAAAUUGGUCUUAAAAAGGAUCAAUAUUAUCUUAAUAAAAAAAUUGUAACUCGUUCUGAUGUUAUGAAUGUUUUAGAAAGUGCUGGUUUCUCACGAAGUAAUCCUUAUUACAUUGUGAAACAAGGUAAAAUUAAUCAAAUGGCAACCGCUCCAGAUUCACAGAGGUUGAAAAUUUUACGAGAAGUUGCUGGUACUAGAAUUUAUGAUGAACGUAAAGAAGAAUCUCGUACUUUAUUGAGAGAAACCGAAUCCAAAUUGGAGAAAAUUAUGGAUCUCUUAAAGUAUAUCGAAGAACGACUUCAAACCUUGGAAGGUGAAAAAGAAGAAUUAAAAGAAUACCAAAAAUGGGAUAAAAUGAGACGAUCACUUGAAUACACAAUUUAUAAUCAAGAAUUGGAAGAUGCAAGAAAAAAAUUGAAAGAAUUGGAAACCAGAAGAGAGACCAGCAGUAGUGUUACUGAAAAGUUACGUGAAAGUUUACAAACUUUUGUUGAAUCGAUUAAAGAUCUCAGUAAAGACCUUCGUGAAGUGAAAACCAAACUUCAAACAUCCAAGGAUGAAAAAGAGGCCUUACAACAUGAGCACAGUACAUUUUUAAAAGAGAAGACUCGAUUAGAAUUACGUCUCAAAGAUUUAACCGAUGAAGUUAAAGGUGAUGCUGAAUCAAAAAAACGAGCUGAAACGGAGCUAAAUAAUCUGAAAUCUCGGAUAGCAGAGAAACAAAAUGAACUUGACAAGAUAAAGCCACAAUAUGAAGAGAACAAGAAAAUUGAAGAAGAAUGUACCAGAAUGUUAGCUCUUAAAGAGCAGAAAAGAUCCGAAUUAUAUGCUAAACAGGGAAGAGGAAGUCAGUUUACAUCUAAAGCGGAAAGAGACAAAUGGAUCACAAAAGAAUUAAGUACAUUAAAGAAGAGUAUCUCCGAGAAAAAUACCCAAAUCGCUAAGAUUAAAAGUGAUCUUACCCGAGAUGCAAAGAAAAAAGAGGAACUGGAAGCCAAAAUUGAAGAACUCACCAAAGAACUGGAAAACAACAGAUCUAGUAUUGAUAAUCAAAAUAAAUCUUUCUACGAUUUGAAGAAAAAGAAAGAUGCUCUACAAAACGAAAGAAAUGAACUUUGGCGCCAAGAAAAUUCUAUGCAGCAAAAUCUUAAUAUGCUUAAUGAAGAUAAAUCAAAGAAAGACCAAAUGUUACGUUCGAUGGUUGGAAAGACUAUUCUUAAUGGUCGUGACAGUGUUGCUCGAGUUCUGCAAGUUUUCCGUGAACGAGGUGGUCAAUAUGAACAGAUUGCCAAAGAUUAUUACGGAAUGUUAAUCGAGAACUUUGAUUGUGCUAAAGAGUUUUAUACAGCCGUUGAAAUGACCGCUGGUAAUAAAUUAUUUCAUCACAUUGUUGCCAAUGACAAAGUUGGAACCAAAAUCCUUCAAGAAAUGAACCGAAUGAAAUUACCUGGUGAAGUUACCUUUAUGCCACUUAAUCGUCUCUAUUCAAAAGAUUUACAAUAUCCUGAAACAUCUGAUGCCAUACCUAUGAUUAGUAGAUUAGAAUAUGAUUCUAAAUUUAGCAUUGGUAUGAAAUUUCUUUUCGGUAAAGUGUUAAUCUGCCGUUCACUUGAAGUUGCUACUCAAUUGGCUCGAAGUACCAGUUUGGAUUGUAUUACAUUAGAUGGAGACCAAGUUUCCCAUAAAGGUUCACUUACAGGUGGUUAUUUUGAUACUCGACGAUCUCGUCUGGAAUUACAUAAAACUCAUUCCACAAUUAAAAAGGAAAUUGUUGUUCAACAAGAAAAACUGGAAGAUCUACAUCGUCGUCUAACUGAGGUUGAAACAGAAAUCACUCAAAUUGUCAGUGAUAUGCAAAAGGCUGAGACCAAGAAUACCAAAAACAAGGAUACGUUUGAUAAAAUGAAGACUGACAUUCGUCUAUUAAAAGAUGAACUUUCAGCUAUCGAAAGAUCCCGACAACCAAGAGAAAGAAGUCUUGUAAGCCAUGAAGCAAGUCUCAAUUCUAUGGAAUCUCUUGCCGAAUCAUUAUCAAGUGAAUUACAACAAGAUCUGUUGACUCAAUUAUCGAUAGCUGACCAGCAAGAGGUUGACCGUCUCAAUGAUGAGAUCGCUGCUUUAACUCAGAAAAACAAGGAAGCUUUCAGUAAAAGGAUGCAUUUAGAGGCUCAAAAAAAUAAAUUGGAAAAUCUUCUUAACAAUAACCUUUGUCGACGUAAAGAUGAACUGGAAGCAGCUUUACAAGAAAUUUCAGUUGAAGAUAGAAAACAAAAAUUGGAAAGUGAGGAAAGUGAACUCUCAUCUAUUUCAACUCGAAUUGAAGGUGUUGUCAAACAGAUUCGACAAUUAGAUGAAGUUAUUGAUGAUUUAUCCAAAAAAUUGAAGGAUAUCCAAUCUAAACUAGAAAGAAAGAAAAGUGAAGAAAGAGAUACAAUCGAAAGGAUUAAUGAGGAUUCCAAGGAUCUUGAAAAGAUUACAAGUAAAAAUUCAAUGUUAAAUAAGAAGAUUGAAGAAACGAUGAGAAAAAUCCGUGAACUAGGAACCCUUCCCGUUGAUGCUGAAACAAAAUAUGCCAACCUGAGUUUAAAACAAUUGUACAAAAAACUUCAACAAUGUAAUCAAGAGUUAAACAAGUACAGUCACGUUAACAAGAAAGCUCUUGACCAAUACAUGGAUUUCUCGGAGCGAAAGGAGAAACUAUUGGAAAGAAAAAAAGAUCUUGAUAAUGGUCAUCGUUCAAUCCUUGAAUUAAUGACUGCUCUUGAGCAGAGAAAAUAUGAAGCCAUACAAAUUACCUUUAGACAGGUUUCCAAUUUCUUUAGUGAAGUUUUCAAGAAACUUGUACCCCAGGGUAGAGCUCAUCUUGACAUGAUAACCUCACCUGAUGCCGCCAAUGCAACCGAGGGAAGUCAAGCUUCAUCUGGAUCCCUUGGAGCGAGUAACAUUCCUCCAUCAAUUGAUAAUUUUACCGGUGUUAGUAUUAGAGUCUCUUUUACUGGUACCAAUGCUGAAAUGAAAGACAUGCACCAACUUUCUGGUGGACAAAAAUCAUUAGUCGCCCUUACCUUUAUCUUUGCCAUUCAAAAAUGUGACCCAGCCCCUUUUUACCUUUUCGAUGAAAUCGAUCAAGCUUUAGAUCCACAACAUCGUAAAGCUGUUGCAGAUAUGAUUCAUGAACUUUCCAAAGAUGCCCAAUUCAUUACAACAACUUUCAGACCUGAGCUUCUUGAAAGAGCGGACAAAUUUUACGGAGUCAAAUUCAGAAAUCGAGUCAGCCAUGUCGAACUUGUUACAUAUGAAGAAGCACAUGAUUUUGUCGAAGAUGAUUCAGCUGCUUACACUAGAUAAAGACUAUAAUCCAUUUAACAUUUUUUUUCGUUUAUCAUCAUCACCACCGUCAUCAUAAUCAUCUUUCUCUUCCUCUUUAAAACUCAUCGAAUUUCAAAACCUACUUCAUAAGAAAAAAAAACUUCAAAGAGGACAAGUUCAAUUAAUCAACCACCAAUCUAGAAGAAGACGAAAGAAUCAAUAUUUCAUCAAUCACAAAUUAUUAUCUCUCUGUAAUUCCCAUAAUAUCCAUCUAUAUAUCAACUAAUUCUCAUGAUAUCUUCAUUGUUUUUUCCUAUUUCUCCAAUAUCAUCUCCAGUCUUUAUCUUUAAAUACUUUUUUCCACUUUUAUUCCUUUACGUUUCCACCCUUAUCUUACUCAAUUGUUUACUUCUUCCUAAAUCAUCACCAUCUCCAUUUAAAUUCAUCUAAUAUCUCAUCUUCCUCUCUAUCUUCCUAUUUUUCUCUCUCUCUCUCACACACACAAACAUUUCACUUAAUAACAAUAAUUUUAUUACCUGUUUUAAUAACAAUUCAAAGCUUAAAGUCGGUCGAUACAAGCGCAAAGAGAUGAUAACUAAAAAGAUUCACGAUAAUUGACUACAAUAAACAAAUAAGUCAACUAAAUAAUCAACGAGUUUGUAAAACAUUUUAAAUGCCAGUUAAAUCUAAUCAGUUAAUUGUAACAAUCAUGGAAAAUGUUAAACAUCAAACUAACUUAAAUCCAACGUAAAUCAAAUCUUUCAAUUUAUAAGAAACAAUCAAAAUUGAUCACGAAUUGCAACCAAGUUAAUACAAAUGAGUUUCAUCUUAUUAACACAAUCAGAGAGUUAAAUUAA